GGGGCUCAGUGUGACUCAAGCAGUGAUAAGGGGAGGGAGUGCCGUUUUAUUGCUCCAGAAACAUUGCAGAUUAGAAGAUUUGUUGAACAGUAACCAAACCAAUCCGGAUCCGAACCACUUUAGUAACCGGAUACUCGAAGCUGUGAGUCCUGAAAGCUUCACUGAGGGAGGUGGAGGAGGAGGGAGGAGAGGAGGAGGAAGAGGAAGAGGAAGAAGAAGAGGAGGAGGAGAGAGAGAGAUAGUAGAAAGAAGAGGAACUUGAAGAAGGAAGGAAGAAGUGGUUUAACUACUACUACUACUACUACUACUACUACUUCAAGAUGACUACAAGUUCUUGGUAUCGUCGUUCUCUCUUCAAUUAUAAAGGGAACAGAGAAUUUACCAGGACGGGUUAUGAGGCAGCGUCUGUCAGAUUUGUGGCCGAGGACUUGGAUGUUGACUGCUCAGAGAAAAACUUCAUGAUAACAGGCUCCAACAGUGGCAUUGGUCUACAGGCAGCACUGGAGGUGGCCAGGCGGGGCGGUGUGAUUCACAUGGUGUGCCGCAACAGAGAGGCCGCCACCAAGGCACGCUCUGAGAUCAUCACCACCACUGGGAAUGAUAAAAUCCAUCUGCACAUCAUUGACCUUUCCAAGCCCCGAGAGGUGAUCACUUGGGCACAGCAGUUCGCAGCGCAGCACGAGACUCUAGACGUCUUGGUGCACAAUGCUGGGUGUAUGGUGCAUGAGAGGAGGAUCGACGAGGAUGGUGUGGAAUGUAACUUUGCUGUCAAUACUCUAGCUGUCCACAUCCUCACUGUUACCCUUAUGCCACUCCUGCAGAGGAGUGAGGAGCCGCGUGUGGUGACGGUGAGCUCUGCCGGACUGCUGUGUGUGAGGCUGGACCCGCUGGACCUGAUGCACGCCAACAUGGAACCUUUCACCGGCAACCUUGUGUACUCGCAGAACAAGAGGCAGCAGGUUGUAAUGACUCUGUGGUACGCUCAACACUACAACAAGGUUCACUUCUCCUCCAUGCACCCUGGCUGGGCAGACACACCAGCCGUCCGCACCUCCAUACCACAGUUCUACGAGAUGAUGAAGGACAACCUGCGCACUCCAGCCCAGGGUGCGGAUACAGUGGUCUGGCUGGCCAUCUCCAAGGCAGCCCUCAAACAUCCCAGCGGUCUCUUCUUCCAGGAUCGAGAGCCAGUGUCCACCCACUUCCCACUGGCAUGGACCAAAUCAUCCAUAGAAGAAGAAGACAUCCUCAUGAACAACAUCCAGGAGAUAUACAGCCAGAUAUACAACAAGGUGAUGGCUGGUGCUUCUGUCUCUCCUACCACUGAACCACCACCACCACCACCAGCAUCAGCAGAACCACAAGCUACUGAUAAGGGACAAGAAGAGGAGAUACUGCCACACCCUCUCGCUACUGAAUCUGAGGCAGCAAAGUUUCCAGUCCUGCCACCACCGCCACCACCAGCAGAAAAAAUCGUCCCUGUGAAAUCUGAGGUGGAGGUUGCGGAAAUACAUGCACCACCACUUGACACCAAUGAGGACACCAGUAACGACACCAGUAACACCAGUGAGGAGCAAAUGGUAGAGCGAAGGGAAGGUGAAGGUGCCAGUGAAGAAGAUUCAAGUGAGGAGAACAAUAGUAAAGAUGCCAAACCAGCUGUAGAAGAGAGAGAACCAGCUGAAACCACAAAACCAGAGGAAACAAAAGAAACGAAGGAAUCUGAAGCUAUUUCCUCGCCUCUUGAAAGGACGGAAGCUACAGGGAAGGAAACUGGAGACAAGAAGGAAGAGUUGCAAGAUGUUGGUGAUGAUUCUUCUUCAGCGUCUAUUGAGCAAGGGAUUCCUGAGCCAUAAUUCUGUGUAGUCAUAAUCCUGUGUAUGGUAGGUUGUGUUUUUGUUAAGUUGUAGUUGUUGUAGUGAAUGCAGUGACCGGGAAAGACUGAUGUAGAGGGUAUGUGCAUGUAAAUUCAACUUUAACCCCUUCAGUACAAUGUCGCAUUUCCUUAUUCAUUCUGCUUACUGUUUGGUGAAUUUAUACAGCUUCAGAAACUUGUAUGGGGAUUGAAAUAGUGAAAACUGUGGCCAUUAAUCCUCUGAUCUCCAUAGACCCUUCCCAAUGUCAUUAAAAUGGUCUAAUUAUACGCAAAACUUCCAUUUCCAUAUUCAUUCUGCUUACUAUUUGUUAAUUUUAUACAGCUUCAGAAAUUUGUGUGGGGAUUAAAAGUAAAAUAGUGAUAGCUGUGGCCAUUAAUCUUCUGACCUCUAGAGACCCUUCCUAAUGUCAAUAAAAUGGUCCCAUCAUACACAAAACUCAAGGAGGAAAUGCAUCCUAGUACUGAAGGGGUUAAAUAAAGGUUCUGUAUUUAGUUGAGGGAUAUAAUUGGAUACAUACGGAAAAACAAAUUAUCCAAAUCAAAAGAAACACGGUAGAAUAACAAAAAUAGUAAAUGAAGGUAUAGAAUAGUUGGAAAUAGUCAUGAGGUGGCAGAAUAGCACUCAAAAUAGUCGUGGAGUUGUAGAAUGCUUAACAAAAAUAGAUAAGGUAAUUAACAAAAAGAAAUUAGGAUAGAGGAUAAGAAAACAAAACACUGGUAAUAAUGGUGUCUGGUGGUGUUUCCCAGGUGUUGCAGAGGUGAUACAGUAGUAGUAGGUGUUAGUUGUGUGUGUGUGUGUGUGUGUGUGCGUGUGUAUUGCUGUAUGUAUCUACAGUUCGUAUUCUUAAACACUUCUGCGCUUCAUCUCCGCUAUUUCAAAAGGCUUUAUUUAAAUUGAGACAAGUUUUUUAAAGGUGUUUUUACAUUUCUAGAAGCAGAGUGACAGGAUUUCUACAUUAUUAAUUGGAAAAACCCUCUUCAAAACCCAGCUAGUCAUCUCUGUGGUCUUGGAAAGCAGUCGUGGUGAGAGAGAAGAGGAUUUUAGAGUACAGGCCUUUUUUAAUACAACACAAGAGUUUUUAAGCGUAUUUUAUAGUUCUACAGGCAGAGCGACAAGAUUUCUGCAUUAUUAACUGGAGAAACACUCUUGAAAACCCUGCUAAUAGGAAGUGUGUGUGUGUGUGUGUGUGUGUGUGUGUGUGUGUGUGAUCACCAAGCCAAAUGUAUGUGAUGUGGUGUGCCUUGAGGCAAGUCUUUGUGUCCUAGUCAGUCUUCUCAAGCAGGGACCAAUGGAAGUGUUUGAAGGGGGCUAACAUAAUGGUUGAUCUUUUAACUCUAUAGCACUAGGAGAGAACUUAUUGAUGAUUUUGAAUUAAGGUGUAGGAUUUUUAUAAGGAAAAGUAUUUAAUCAGAGGGUAAAUUGUAAUGGUGAAUCUUAACUCUAGCAUUAGGAAAGAAUUUAUUGAUUUUGAGUUAGUGUAGAAUUUUUAUAAGGAAAAAUAUUUAGAGGGUUAAAUGUAAUAGUGAAUCUUAACUCUAGCAUUACGAAAGAAUUUAUUGUGGUUGUGAGUAGUAAAGUGUGGGUUUUAUCGAAGGGAAAGGAUUUAAUUAGACGGUAAAAUGUAAUAGUCAAUUUUAUGAGCAUUUAUAUAUUAGGGAAGAAUUUUUAAUGUGAAUUUUGAAAGUGCAGGAUUUAUAUAAAGGAAAGCAUUUUAGUUAUGGGGUAAAUGUAAUGGUGGACCUCAACUCUAGCAUUUAUAUUAGGGAAGAAUUUCUAAUAUGAAUUUUGAUAGUGUGACAUUUUUAUAAGGGGAAAUAUUUAACUAGGGAAUAAAUCUAAUGUUUGAUCUUAACUCUAGCAUUUAUAUUAGCAUUUAUAUUUGGGAAAGUUUUAAUGAGGAUAAUUCUGAGUGUCAAUAUUUAUACUAGGGAAAGCUUUUGAUUAAGGGAGAAGUCUUUGGUUGGGUGAUAACUAGCAUUUAUAUUGAGAAAGGUGGACUAGUGAUGAUGUACAGGUGAGGCACUAAUUCACCCCUUCAGUACCAGGACACUUCUUCAUAUUCAUUCUGCUCACUAUUUGGCAAUUUUAUACAGCUUCAGAAUCAUGUGAUAAAAAUAAUGACGACUCUAUGCAUUAACUCUCUGACUUCCAUUGUGACCUCCAUUGACCCUUCCUAGACCCUUCUGGCCUCCAUAGACCUCCAUAUUAUAUCCUUCUGGCUUCCAUUGACCUCCAUAGAUCCUUCUGACUUCCAUAGACCCUUCAUAGACCCCUCUGACCUCCAUAGAUCCUUGUGACCCCAUAUACUCUUCCUAAUGUCAAUAAAAUCAUCUAAUUACACCCAAACUCAAGGUAAUAAUGUGUCUCGGUACUGAAGGGGUUAAUGGAGAAAUUUAAGGUUCGAUGUUAACUCUGGCAUUUAUAUUAGAGGUGGACUAGUGAUAAUGAUGUACAGGUGAGGCAGUAAGGUGGCCAACACUCUGUCUGCCUUGCUCUGCCUGUCUGCCAUUAUUCAGCCUGGGAGUGUGUUGCGUCUCCCCUCACAAGUCACGGUAACUUUAAACUUUAAUAUAACUUUAGUUUUGUUAAGUCAUUCCAAGCUUUCUUCAGUAGCAUCUCUCUGUCUCUUCCCUCAUUUAUGUUUGUAAGUUUGGGUGAAGAUCAAUUGAUUCAUACUAGAUUAUUAUUAUUGAUUCAUUUAUUAUUUUAUUUUAUUUUGUUUAAUUUUUUUGUCUGGAAUAGAAUAGUUUUGUCUUUUCUUAAAUUUAUGAAUGCAAAAUUAAAACUACUCACAUGAAUUUUUUUUUUUUUUUUUUUUUUUUUUUUUUUUUUUUUUGUCUGAAAUAUGAGUUUUGUUUUCUUGAAUUCAUGAAUGCAAAAUUGAAACUCGGAAAUAAACAUCGUCUCCCAAAUCUUAAGAAAAAUUUCAUCUAUAGGUACUCAUAACAUCUGGAGUUUUCAAUAGAUUUUCAUUAGGAACCCAAUUAGUUUGUCUCAUAAGGAACACAAUUAGUUCGUCUCAUUAGGAACCCAACUAGUUUCUCUCAUUAGAAACCCAAUUCAGUUUGUCAAUGGAGAUUCACCCGAGUGUGAUUUAGAGACCUUCCUACAUAACGUGGCUGUGGAUUCAUGUGAUGUUCCUUUCAAAGCUUAUACUGAAUAAUGUGUCUAGGAUAAGAAUUAACUAACAUUUCCACUCACUAUUUAUGCACUAGUUAAAUUUUUAAUCCUUUUUUUUCUAUUCUCAUACAUUCCAUAACAUUAUAAAGGGCAUUACUAAUCUUACUGUCCUCUCAUGGUAAUGGAGAGAAUGAUUAAAUGUUGCACUCUGAUUAUAUUUGAAGGGACUGCUGUAUAUUAGCUAACUCUAGUAACCUUUUAGGGGAACUGGCAAACAAGUGGACCUUUUUUUUUUUGCUAUAUUUUUUGUUGCCCUUGAUCAGCUUCUCUUCAUUAAAAAAAAAAAAAAAAAAAUCUUGAGUGAACCAUGUCUGACUGUAUGUAUGUGAACCAUGUCUGACUGUCUGUAUAUGUUAAGUGUAGCUUGUAGCAGCGUUCCUACAAGCACAAGACAUACCAGCCGAGCAUUUAGACUUGUGAGAGACUGUGCAACGCCUGGGCUGAGAACCUUUGUACUGUGAGAAAUAUAGAACCUGAAAUGUAGUGAACCUUUGUACUGUGAGAAAUAUAGAACCUGAAAUGUAGUGGUCAUAAUAAAUUAGGGGUAACUUAUAAGGCCAUAUUAAAAAAAUGCCUUGUUCUCUCAUCACAACAAUUUUUCAAGGCCACAAAGAUGACUGACUGAGUUCUCAAGACACUUUCUCCUUUUCAUAAAUUAGAAAUCUUAACAGUUUAUCACCAGAACCAUAAAAAUAUCCAUAAAAACAUGAGUAUCUUCAACUGGAGCCUUUGGAAAGCAGUGAUGGUGAGAGAGCAAAGCGAUUCAUAAUACAGGCCUUUGUCAUAAGGGAAAUAGUAAUAAUAAUUUUAUGUACCCUGGCUGUAUAUUUUAUCGUAGCAUUGUAGUGUAGUAUAAUUAGUAAUAAAACUAUGUAGACUCCCUGGGCUGAUAGUAUUGCAGUGAGGACAUUUGUAGCGGUAUCUCUAUAGUCAGCCUAGGUAGAUAACAACCCUUGCCUCAUUUAUUCAUUGCAUUUACUUUAUUUUUUUUUUUAUGUGCGAGACAACCAGCCAAGGGCAACAAAAAGUGUUAAAAAAAGGAGGCCCUCUGAGGCACUGGUCCCCAUUCAGUAAAAAUAAAAAGGUGACUCCGUGGCUGGUAUAGGAGUCAUCAUGAGUUUAUUCCUCUGAGCAGCUUGUAAAUGUUGUGUGUACAUAGUAUUUUGUAAGGUUGUCAGAUAUUAAACUGUACUCUCAAU